UAUUCCCUAAGGGGCAAAAAAAAAUUGUCUCUUCAUUUCUUGCUUUAACCAAAAUCCAAAAAUAUCAGUAUAAAGAGGGGAAAGCCCCUCAGACUCCUUGCUUGUGACUAUCACACAGAAAAUGGGCUGAACUGGCAGACUCUUAAGGAGAGUUAGGUUAGAAUCAAGUAGUCUUCAUAUGCGUACAAGUAGAAUAUUAUGGGUUCACAAGGAAGAAGAUGUAUUAUAUGUAAAAGAGCAACCUGUGUGAUUAAUUAGUUCAUGUUGUAAAAGCUUUCUGCUUUUUAUAUUUGAUUAACUAGGUGACAAACUGCUAUCUACCCCUGGCAGAAGAGAGAGCCUUCAGUAGGCAUAGUCACCUAACUUAGAUUUUGAAGGCAUCACACUGUCUUGUCAGAAUCCUUGAUCUCUACUACCGUUUUUGAAAGUACAGGUGUCAUCUGAAGAAACUGCACUGCUUUCUAACUGGACUGUCUUUUUUGAUUUCCUCAUGAUGGAUAAUCUCAUCAGCAACUGACAUAAGCUGGUAGGUAGGAAAGUAUGUUGAAGUGAGAGCAGUCCUCACCCAUAAAGUUUGUGAGUAUGUACAAGAACUUCUUGUGCAUUUAAAAGGCUGCAAGGACGGUGGGGUGUGUGAGCUGUAAACCUGAGAUACACACACAUAGCCUGGGGAGGAGAAAAAGAGUGGGAGGGUGCUUAGAAAGGGGAAUGGAUAUUAUUGCUCCUCUGCUGGCCCCUCCUGACACACGACACCAAUUCACACAGGAGCUUGCAACCCUGCUCCUCCCUCCUUUCCUCACAGAGCAUCCAACACAGGACAGCACUGUUGUCACAGCAUCCAGGGCAACAUCCUGCAUAUCUGCAGAGCCUCAUGCUCUGAGCAUCAAGGAAAAAGAAACCAAGUAAGUUAUGUUCUUCCGAUUCUGGUGGCUUUUGUGGAUACUUGAACAACAUGAAUUUUCAGCAGAAAAUCUCAGUGAAGAACAGAUAUAUGGACUGAGAAGACCUACAACUAAACACAUUCUGACAAAUACUGUAGAAAAAUAUCCCAACCUAAGUGAUCAAGAUGAAGACUGCAUUCUGGAGAUUGCUUUUUUACUGGACAGCUCGGAAAGUGCUAAGCAUUAUAAUCAUGAACAGCAAAAAAAAUUUGUUUUGGAAGUAGUAGACCAAAUGAAAGGUCUGCAGCUUAGUUCUGGACGGACCCUUACCUGGAGGAUGGCCUUACUCCAGUACAGCAGCACUGUUUACACAGAGCAAACUUUUCGUGACUGGAAAGGUCCUGAAGCAUUCAAAUCCCACAUUGCUCCUAUCACUUACAUAGGUCAUGGUACCUAUACAACUUAUGCUAUUACUAACCUUACACAACUCUUCAUGACUGAAGGGACUCCAGGUAGUUUGAAACUAGCUGUACUCUUCACUGAUGGAGUUGACCAUCCAAGAAACCCAGAUAUUUUUGCAGCUACAGCUGAUGCUAAAUACCAAGGAAUUACAUUGUUCACAAUGGGAAUGACCAGAGUGGCUGAAGAGCCUAGCAAUGCUGCCAAGCUCCGGCUCCUGGCCAGUUUCCCAGCAUCCAGAUUUGUUUCCAACCUCCAGGAGAAAGGAACUGUGGAGAAGGUUCUCACGGAAGUGAAAGAUCUGUCUGAAGAAAAAUGUCCCCAGGCUGCCAUAUGUAAAUGUGAGAAGGGGGAGAGGGGUCUUCCUGGCCCUGCUGGCAAAAAGGGUCGCACUGGGGAUGAUGGAACUCCAGGCCUGAAAGGAGCAAAGGGGGAAGCAGGCCUUAAUGGAAUUCCAGGACAAGAUGGAGUAGAGGGAAAAUCUGGGUACAAAGGAGAGAAGGGUGAAAGAGGUGAAUGCGGAAUCCCAGGGAUAAAAGGAGACAGAGGUCCUGAAGGUCCAAUUGGCCCCAGAGGUACAAGAGGGCUGCAGGGCCCACAAGGACAAACUGGAGAUCAAGGGCCUGAAGGCCUACGAGGAUCAAAGGGUGAAAGAGGUCUCCCUGGGCUACCUGGCUUACCUGGAGAGACUGGAAUAGGACUGCCAGGCCCAAAGGGUGAUGCUGGUUUGACAGGAAGACCAGGCCCUGUUGGCCCACCUGGAGUUGGUGAGCCAGGAAUUCUGGGGCCUCAAGGACCACAAGGUAUUCAAGGAGAACGAGGUUUACCAGGAGAAGGGCUUCCAGGAGCAAAGGGAGACCGUGGUUUUGAUGGACCAAAAGGACCUCGUGGACUUCCAGGCAUCAGCAUAAAAGGUGAAAAGGGUGAAUUUGGUCCACCUGGUUUACCAGGACCAAUAGGAUUACCUGGAAUUGGAAUUCAAGGAGAGAAGGGAGUGGAAGGCCCCAAAGGACCUCCAGGCUCUAGAGGGCUACCAGGACAGGGACUACCUGGACCAAAGGGUGAACAAGGCUUGCCAGGAGAGACUGGAGUACCAGGAGAAAGAGGUAUUGGAGAGCCUGGUUCUAAGGGUGAGCCAGGCCUUCCAGGAUUGGCAGGUCUGCCUGGCCUUCCAGGAGAAGAUGGAGCCCCUGGACAAAAGGGUGAACCAGGAUUACCUGGUCUUAGAGGUCCUGAAGGUGUUCCAGGUGUUGGAAUACAGGGUGAAAAGGGAGAUCAAGGCCAGAGAGGAAUACGUGGAUUAACAGGACCAACAGGAGUGCCUGGGCCUGCAGGAGCUAAAGGAGAACCUGGUGUACCAGGUCGUCUUGGAAUGCCAGGCCCUCCUGGAAGAGCUGUGCCUGGACCAAAGGGUGACAUUGGCCCACCUGGUCUUGCUGGACCAAUUGGAGAACCAGGUCUUGGGAUGCCUGGGGCAAAGGGUGAUCGAGGCCUUCCAGGACUCCCUGGGCCCUAUGGACCAAAAGGAGAUGGUUACCCUGGUCCACCUGGCUUGCCAGGCCUUCCUGGGUUUCCUGGUGAGCAAGGCCCUGAUGGAGUUGGACUACCAGGACCUAAGGGUGAUCCUGGUAGUAGAGGACCAAUGGGUCUCCCAGGUCCACCAGGAGAAGGUCUGCCAGGACCAAAAGGAGCCACAGGACGCCCAGGGCUGCCUGGCCCUUUAGGACCUCCAGGUGAAGGCAUUCAAGGAAUUAAGGGUGACAUUGGCCCACCUGGUCUUGCUGGACCAAUUGGAGAAUCAGGUCUUGGGAUGCCUGGGGCAAAGGGAGAUCGAGGAGCAACAGGAGAAAAAGGGAAAAAAGGAGAAAAGGGCUUUGUGGGUGAUCCUGGUUUAUCUGGAGAACCUGGCAAAACUGGACCGAAGGGAGAGCAAGGUCUAACAAGAGAAGAUAUAAUUAAAUUAAUUAAAGAGAUAUGUGGUUGUGGUAUUAAAUGUAAAGAAAUUCCUAUGGAGCUUGUGUUUGUGAUCGACAGCUCUGAGAGCGUGGGACCAGAGAAUUUUGAGAUUAUCAAAGACUUUGUAACUGCAUUAGUAGACAGAGUAACUGUAGGCAGAAAUGCUACCAGAAUUGGCCUCGUGCUGUACAGUUUAGAAGUGCAGCUAGAAUUUGGCCUCAACAAGCAUACAACACAACAGGACGUUAAACGAGCAAUUAGAAAAAUGCAGUACAUGGGAGAGGGCACUUACACAGGAACUGCUAUCCGUAAAGCAACCCAGGAAGGAUUUCUAGGUGCUCGAACAGGAGUGCGAAAGGUGGCUGUUGUGCUCACCGAUGGCCAAGCGGACAAGAGAGAAGCAGUGAAACUGGAUGUUGUUGUUCGAGAGGCCCAUGCAGCAAACAUUGAAAUGUAUGCAAUAGGAAUUGUAAAUACCUCCGAUCCAACACAAGCUGAGUUUGUGCAUGAACUAAAUCUGAUCGCUUCAGAUCCAGACACAGAACAUAUGUAUCUCAUUGAUGACUUCAAUACUCUCCCAGCUCUGGAGUCCAAGUUAGUCAACCAGUUUUGUGAAGAUGAGCAUGGUACCUUAAUUUACAAUCGUAACAGAAAUGUUGCAAGUGUAAGUGGCCCAUCUUUCCAUUCAGUAUCUUCAAGUCCUUCACAGUACACGCUUCAGAACAACAAUAUUAAUGGACAAGCGCUGUCAGCACAGACACCUGGGCUAUCUACAAUAGAAAGUCCUCUGGGUCCUGGUGAUAUUCCUCAGCUGUUGGUUCUGACCAACGUACCUACUAUGGUAGUUAAUGAAGCCUAUGAAGAUAAUCUAGAGGAAAAGGAACAGCCAUCCUCAGUAACAAUGGACACUAGAGCAGCUGUGACAUCAUCAUUGCCACCACCAUCUAUGGACAAAGUGCUGCCAUCAUCUCUUUCAGCUGCAGGGCUCACACCAAGGCCAGAAAAUGUUCUGGGCCUCCGGUGCAAGUUAAGGCUGGAUCAAGGGCCGUGCCGUGUUUACAUCAUAAAAUGGUAUUACGAUAAACAAGCCAAUGCCUGCGCUCAGUUCUGGUACGGUGGCUGUGAUGGAAACGCAAAUCGGUUUGAAAGUGAAGAGGAAUGUAGAGAGGCUUGUGUAUUUUCUUCUGGAGAAACCUGACAGCUAGCCUGGAUUCUGCAGUGAAGGCUUCAUCUUCUUUAAGGGAAACUGCUCCCACAAAUCCUACUUUACACUUCAAGCACAGAAUAUCCAUUUCUGAAUACCAUGCAACUACUGCUCGUGUUGCCAGAUGAACACAGCAAACACAACAGCUUGUUCUCUACAUGCUGUCCAGGUCCCAAGACAGGGAUGUAGCUGAGCUACCCACCCCUCCCAACCACAUCCUUGUUAGAUUUAGGCCUUUUAUCCAGCAGCUCUCCUCAGUUUCCAGUAACUGGGCAAGGUACAUGACAAAUGAAAUCAAACACUUCCACAUCUUUGUGUGACUACACCAGUAGCUGACAUCAACAAAUUAGGUUACUUCAUGCCUGAAAUGGCUCUUGUUGUAUAUUUCUAUUCUAAAAGCCUUAGUAUUAAAAGGCCUUAAAGUCUUAGUAUUUUACUGUUCCUUAAAAACUCUCAUCUUACAUUCAAAGCAUCAAACUAAGAGUUUAUUCUUUGUUGCCUGUCACUGCCGUAUGGCUUUUUACAUUUGUGGUUGCAUUUAUUUGAUAAGUCUUGUUUUACUUGAAUUUUAUACUUAAAAGCUUGUUUCUAAUAAACUGUUUCUAGUUUUACUGCUAGAAUAGAGAGUAGAUAAAGUGCCUUCACAGAACUGAUCUUACUACUAAGUUAGAUGUAUUUCUGAUUAUACAUCUGCAUUUCUACCACAGUCCUGUUAUGGAAUUACCACAGAUCAGACACUCCUGUAUAUGAAGCCAGAAAUUGGGAAUUAGGCCUCAAGAAUUCCAUUACAUCCAAUUGCUCAAUAGAAUUUUAAGGCACAUCCAAGAAAUGGCAGCAAAAAUAAAAUUAUCAGUGGAGAAGUUUCUUCCUGUAAUUUGUACUUGCACAGAAUCACAAAUGGCUGAGGAUGGAAAAGACCUCUGGAGGUCAUCCACUGCAACCCGCUGCUCAAGUGGGGUCCCCCUAAAGCACAUCACCCAGGACUGAGUCCAGAUGCCUUUUGGACAACUUUAGAACAGGCUCCACAAUCUCUAUGGGCAGCCUGAGCCAGGACUCACAAUAAAGAAGUUUUUCCUGAUGUUCACAAGAUUGAACAUUACACCCUGCGGUUCAGUUUGUGCCCAUUGUCUCUCAUCCAGAACCACUGCCCCGUUUUCUUAACGCUGUCCCAUCAGAUACAUACACACACAAUGAUCAGAUUCUAACUUACUCUAAAUUAGAAGUACUUCAAUACAAACUUAAAAAUAUUUCAAGCUGUAAUUCGCCGACUUUCACACAUUUUACAUCUACUAGCUUCACAGGGCUGUUUUUGUUCGAGUUAACGUGUGUAACAGUGUGACCGUUACCUUGUACCACACACAUCUACAGCACGAGGAAGCGCCGCACGGUCCGUCCCUCACACAC